AUGCCUGUCUAUCCCGGUGACCGAGUCUAUCGACGGGUCGGCUCUGGGACUACAGACAACCCAAUGAUUAUGUGGCUCGUUCCUCCACCUCGCAGCGAGAGCCGUACCCAGGGGAAUGAAACCGUCGCUCGUGACCUUGGUCGUCUCGGCUUUACCCAUAUUUGGAUUCGAUCAGUAGUCACCCGUCGCGGCCACCGCUACCGCCAGACGGUCCGCACCGACAGCCACAUCACAGUUUUCUGUGGCAUGAGCGGAACUGCCGAUUUCCAGGGUGACGUCUACGUUUUUGUCUCGCAUAAUGGGCGGUGGCGCAUCAUGCAUGACAACGAACGCCGAAGCCGGAACGGGAGAGGCGUCGAGCUAUAUCAGUUUCCUUAG